AAAUAACAGCCAGAAAGAAACAAUCAGGAAGCUGUGAUGAAAAGUGAGUUGGGAUAGGAGCUGGGACUGCUCUGGAUUAGAUAGGCAAGGAAGGCCUCGCUAAGGUGACUUGAACUGAGCUCUGAAGCAGGAAGAGUAUUCCACCAAACGGAACAGAUGCAGAAGCCUUGAAGCAAAAACUGCUUUGGGAUGUAUGAGGAACCCAAAGGAGGUCCGUGGGGCUGGAACAUAGGAGGCAAGGGGGAGAGGGGCAAGAAAUGAAGUCCUGAGGUAUGCGAGGGGGCAAGAGCUUGAUACCGCAGAGCUGCUGGUAACCUACUUUGGAUGUAGUAUUCUGACGGCCAGAGGCAGCCACAGAGUGGCUCCCUCUCAUGCGAGGGAGAGAUGUCUAAUGUGCAUCUUGAAAAGACUCCUCGCUGCUUAGGAGGGUCAGAGAGGAAGUGGGUCCUCUUCCCACUUCCUCUCUGAGGAAAAAGGCCACAGCAGUUACCUCAUGAGAGGUGAUGGCAGCCUGGAUUAGGAGGGAGAGAAGUUGUGGGCCGUGGGUAGAGCCAACAGGUGGAGCUGGGCGCAAGAAAUACUGGAGCGAGGAAGCCACUGAGAGGAGCAUCCUUGUGGGCCGAGCUGGAGCAGCUGAAUGAAGAGCUGGUAGGGGGCGGGAUGACCCCAUCCCCGUGCAAGCCGACGUGACGCCCGUCCGAAGAAAGAGCCUAAGCCACAGGAGUCUGGAACUCAGGGAGACCUCUGAGCCGCAGGCAGUUGUGAGGGAGAAAGCUCCGGAAGUCCAUAUAGGGUUGCUACCCGCAGCCUGGCAGGAGAGGUGGACAGGGGCGAGUCCGGACCCUGAGCGCGCCGCCGGCGGGGGCGGGCCCAGGCCGCAGUGCGCAGGCGCGCGCCGAGCUAACCGUUUCCAUGGCGGCGAGGACCCACGCGCCCCAACCGCUCUUCAACUGUCGGGUCCCAGGCUUCUGCCCCGCCGAAGGCCGUUGUGCCCGAGCGUGUCAGCACCCCCGCCUCAGCCCUGGCUCCUGCCUGGGGUCAGCCGAACCCCACCUUCCCACUCUGUCCCUGGCCUCGACAUGAGCCACCUGGAGCUGCUGCUGCCUGGGGAGGCUGACUUGCUGAUUAGAGGACUGCGCAGCUUCCCGCUGCGCGAGAUGGGCUCCGGAGGGUGGAACCAGCAGCAUGAGAACCUGGAGAAGCUGAACAUGCAGGCCAUCCUUGAUGCCACGGCCAGCCAGGACGAGCCCAUCCAGGAGCUGCUGGUCACCCAUGGGAAGAUCCCAACGCUGGUGGAGGAGCUGAUUGCAGUGGAGAUGUGGAAGCAGAAGGUGUUCCCUGUGCUGUGCAGGCUAGAAGACUUCAAGCCCCAGAACACCUUUCCCAUAUACAUAGUGGUACACCAUGAGGCCUCCAUCAUCAACCUCCUGGAGACAGUAUUCUUCCACAAGAAGGUGUGUGAGUCAGCAGAGGACACCGUCUUGGACCUAGUGGACUACUGCCACCGCAAACUGACUCUGUUGGUGGCCCGGAGUGGCCAUAGUGGCCCCCCUGAAGACAAUGAGUCCCAGUACAGCACCCCUAUGCAGGAGCUGCAGAAGCAGGCAGAGCUGAUGGAAUUUGAGAUUGCACUGAAGGCCCUCUCAGUGCUACGCUACAUCACAGACUGUGUGAACAGCCUUUCCCUGAGCACCUUGAGCCGCAUGCUCAGCACCCACAACCUGCCCUGCCUCCUGGUGGAACUGCUGGAGCACAGUCCCUGGAGCCGGAGGGAAGGAGGCAAGCUGCAGCAAUUUGAGGGCGGCUGUUGGCAGACAGUGGCCCCCCCAGAGCAGCAAAAGUUGAGCAAGUUGGACGGGCAGGUGUGGAUUGCCCUGUACAACCUGCUGCUAAGCCCCGAGGCCCGGGCCCGCUACUGCCUCACAAGCUUUGCCAAGGGACAGCUACUCAAGACCUUGAGCCUCAGGUGCCACAACAGCUACUGGGACAUGAGCCCACAGGCACCCUCAGCCCAGCCCAGCCCUAGCCCUCUCUGUUCCUUGACCCUCUGGUCAGCAUCACUUCACACUGGCCUCCCCUGGACACCCUUGCAGCUUCGGGCCUUCCUCACAGACACGCUGCUUGACCAGCUGCCCAAUCUAGCAGACCUGCAGGGUUUCCUGGCCCACCUGGCCCUGGCUGAACCCCAGCCCCCUAAGAAGGACCUGGUGUUGGAACAGAUCCCAGAAAUCUGGGAGCGCCUAGAGCAAGAGAACAGAGGCAAGUGGCAGGCUAUUGCUAAGCACCAGCUGCGGCAUGUAUUCAGCCCCUCAGAGCAGGACCUGCGGCUGCAGGCACGAAGGUGGGCUGAGACCUACAGGCUGGACGUGCUAGAGGCAGUAGCUCCAGAGCGGCCCCGCUGUGCCUACUGCAGCACAGAGGCCUCCAAACGCUGUUCACGAUGCCAGAAUGAGUGGUAUUGCUGCAGGGAGUGCCAAGUCAAGCACUGGGAGAAGCAUAGAAAGGCUUGUGUCCGGACAGCCCAGGGUGACAGAGCCAAGUGAAGGCUGCAGCUGCUGAGGGACAACCACCCAUGCGAUACAACUCACCUUGAGUGUGCCCCUGAACCUAGGGAUCUCAGCCCGGCCUCUGCCAGAGCCCCAGCCUCCCAGGUGGUGAACACAGCCCACAGGGUAGAGCUGCUGCCCCAUCUCCCCCAGCAAAGCGCUGCCGGCUUCCUGCCCCACCCGGCGGGUAGGCUGAGGGCGCUGCCUCAGCAACCUAGGGCAGGAGGCCUGGGUGGAGGGCGAGGGCGAGGGCCGGAUGUGGGGACCCUCUUCCUCUAGCACUGUAAAGCUGGCCUCCA